GCCUUCCGGCUAAGUUCAGUCCCCUCCGGCCAGUCCCGCCUUGCGCGCCCAUUUCGAUCCCGAGUUUCCAGCCCGACUCUCCCGGCGCGGGAAGCCGGCCCAGCUUUUGCAGGGCUGCGUCCUGGGGCGGCGGCCAUGGGGGCCGGGACGGCGCCGCUGGAGGGCUACUACUUCUCGGCGGCCCUGAGCUGCACCUUCUUAGUGUCCUGCCUGCUCUUCUCCGCCUUCAGCCGGGCGCUCCGGGAGCCCUACAUGGACGAGAUCUUCCACCUGCCGCAGGCGCAGCGCUACUGCGAGGGCCGCUUCUCCCUCUCGCAGUGGGACCCCAUGAUUACCACGCUGCCUGGCCUCUACCUGCUGUCGGUCGGGGUGGUCAAGCCUGCCCGCUGGAUCUUCGGCUGGUCGGAGCAUGUUGUCUGCUCCAUUGGAAUGCUCAGAUUUGUGAAUCUGCUCUUCAGCGUUGGCAACUUCUACUUGCUGUAUCUGCUUUUCCGCAAGGUACAACCCAGACACAAGGUUGGCUCAAGUGCCCAGAGAAUCUUGUCAACAUUAACCCUAGCAGUAUUUCCUACACUCUAUUUCUUUAACUUCCUCUACUAUACAGAAGCAGGAUCCAUGUUUUUCACUCUUUUUGCCUAUUUGAUGUGUCUUUAUGGGAAUCAUAAAACGUCAGCGUUGCUUGGAUUUUGUGGCUUCAUGUUUCGUCAGACAAAUAUUGUCUGGGCUGUCUUCUGCGCAGGAAACGUCAUCGCACAAAAGUUAACUGAAGCUUGGAAAACUGAGCUGCAAAAGAAGAAGGAAGAGAGGCUUCCCCCAAUCAAAGGACCGUUGUCAGAAUUCAGGAAAAUUCUUCAGUUUCUUUGGGUUUAUUCCAUGUCCUUUAAGAACUUGAGUAUGCUUCUCAUCUUGACUUGGCCGUACAUCCUUCUCCUGUUUCUGUUUUGUGCUUUCGUGGUAGUGAAUGGGGGGAUUGUUGUUGGCGAUCGGAGCAGUCAUGAAGUCUGUCUGCACUUCCCCCAGCUCUUCUAUUUUUUCUCUUUCACUCUCUUUUUUUCCUUUCCUCACCUACUGUCUCCUAGCAAAGUGAAAGCUUUUCUUUGCUUAGUUUGGAAACGUAGAAUUCAGUUUUUUGUGCUCACUGUAGUCUCUGUAUUUUUAGUUUGGAAAUUCACGUACGUUCACAAAUACUUAUUAGCAGAUAACAGGCAUUAUACAUUCUAUGUGUGGAGAAGAGUUAUUCAAAGAUAUGAAAUUGUGAAAUAUUUGCUAGUUCCUGUCUAUAUAUUUGCUGGUUGGAGUAUAACUGACUCAUUGAAGUCAAAGUCCGUUUUCUGGAACUUAAUGUUUUUCAUAUGCUUAUUUGCUGUUAUAGUACCUCAGAAACUGCUAGAAUUCCGUUACUUUAUUUUACCUUAUGUUAUUUAUAGGCUUAACAUACCUCUGCCCCCAAUAUCUAGACUUGUUUGUGAACUAGGUUGCUAUGCAGUUGUUAAUUUCAUAACUUUUUAUAUCUUUCUGAACAAGACUUUUCAGUGGCCAAAUAGUCAGGACACUCAGAGGUUUAUGUGGUAACAUCACAGAUAUCUUGAACUCUAAAAUAGAUUUCCACAUUUCCACAUAAGCAACUCAACAGGUGAAAAUUAUGAACAGUGGUGAUCCUCAGAUCACUUUAGAUGUUUUAUUUUUAAACAUCGGCUAUAUGUGUUUUAAACAUAUAUAACAAACCCAAGGGAGUUAAGUGGUAAAAAACUUAGAAACAUUUAAGACUUGCUCCAUAAGCCUGAGCAAUACUGGGAAAAUAAAAUUGUUUACAAUUAUCUCAUGAUAUCACUUUUGUACUGUUGGCCACUCAAAAAGCUUGGGAACUUUUUAUAGAUACAAGUUUAAGAAAAUUGGGCACGCAUUGUAAUACUGGAACUUAUGUAUUAAUUCCCAAAAAGCAAUAGUAGACAGAAUAUUUGAAAACUUUGCAAAUGAUCAGGUAAUAUUUUUGAUUGAAAAGUUGCUUAACAUUUCAGUAAAUAUAAUUUUAAUCAUAAGGCAAAAUAGACUCACAUCGAUAGUAAGUGUUAGAAAUUCCAGGCUCAUCUUUGUCUACCUAUGAUUUAAGUUACUGGUUUUGGUUAAAAAUCUAGGAAUGUUGAAGCUCUUUCCCUAAUUUCUAAUGUGAACUAUGUGAUGACCACAGAUAAAUUGUGUUGAUGAUAAUACCUUUAAAAAGGGGUUUUCUUUUUGACAUAUGUUACUGUAAUAGUUUUCUGUGGUUGCCAUAAUAAAUGACCACAAACUCGGUGGCUUAAAAAUAUAUCUCACAGUUCUGGGGGCCAUAAAUCUCAAAUUAUGGUGUCGGCAGUCUUGGUUCCAUCUGGAGGCUCUGGGAGAACCACUCCCGUGCCUCUCUCCUGGCUUUCGGUGGCUCUCUGCAGUCCUUGCUGCCUCGGUUAUAGAUGCAUCACUGCAGUCUCUCUGCCCUUGUCUUGACAUGGCUUUCACAGUGGUCUUCUCUUCUUUAUCUUACAGGGACAAUGUCAAUGGUCUCAUGAUGACAGUAUUAAUUCAGUUAUACCAUUGGAGACCCUUUUUCCAAAUAUGAUCACAUUUACAGGUUCCAAGCAGACAUGUCUUUUUGUGGGACACUUCAACCCACUAAAGUUACCAAAGGAGAUUUUAGGAUACAUUUCAUAAAAGUGUAGGAUAUAAUUUCUUUGCUGAGAUAGUUGAAAUAAAAUUUUAAUUGUUGUUGAGAGGUUAAAAACACUAACUUUCAAGGCCAAAUAUAAAACUAGAGGUAACUGGUGUUUGAUUCCAUUAUACAAGAAAAGUUAGAAUUGAAAGAAGUUUAGAAAUCAUUUGACCUAAUCUUAUUUAGUAGAUUGGGGAACAGCUGAUGUAAUCUUGUGUGUUGGAUUUUGGAUUCUGUGUCUGCUAUUUUGGUACAUUCAUUUGAUUAUCAUUCCAUUACAGAAAAGUGUUUGGACAAGUUAACUCACAUGUAUACUUAGAACUGUGAAUAGAAUUUAUCUUUUAACUCAUUUUAUGUUUGUAAACAUUUUUAAGUAGCUUUGUGAACCUAUUUGUCUUAAAUGUUGACUAAUGCUUUCUCUGGGUUUUAAAUAAUGAGUGGGAUGGGAAAGUAUUCUGUGUCUGCAAAUAUAAAAUUGUGUACAGGUGAAAAUGACAAGUGUGGUGGAGCAGUAAAUAAAGAGCAAUCUUGUACUCUGCUCAGUACUUAGGAAGUAGAUCAACUUUUUAGUUGUAACAGUGAUUGCAGGACAGAGGUUUUUACUCAAACUUUUUUUUUUAACUAGACAAGAAAGCACACUCAGUGAAGUUAUUAUUUAUAAUGACAAUCUGAAUUCCAGGAAGUCAACAUUAAAAAAGAAAUGUGUAAUUUAGGAAAAACAGCUUUCUUGUCUGAUACUGUAUAUGAAUGUGUUAAGGAAUAUUUCUGAGACUGAAAAACUUUUCCUCUCUAAUCUAGUCUGGCAAAAAUGAGGAAACCAUUCCACCCCAUAAAUUGGGGGAAUCGCUGUCCCAGUUAAUUUUUAAGUUCCUACCCUGUUAAAAAAUAUUUUGGAUAAAAUCUACAUUCAGAGAAAACAGGUUAUCUUGGUUUCUUUUUUUUUUCUUUCUAUAAAGUACAGAAAGUAUAGUACUUAACAUUUUAGAAAAGAAUGCUGUAAAUUAGAAGGUGUUAUAGAGCAUUGCUUUUAGGAAUAUCCUAAGUGAUCUUUGUGUUUUGAACAUUUUUCAAGAGAUAUUAAAUAGAUGUUUUGACAUGAAGUUUAAAAAAAUUAGACUUAAUUUAAUUUCUUGAUUAAAAGGUGAUUUUUUUAAAAAGAAGCCUGUGGAGACUUGCAAUUAUUGGUAUUAAAGUAUAUAAGUAGGAUUAUGUUAAAGAAUGUCAAACGGAUUUAGUACAUAAUACGUGUAGCCCCAGUAUUAAAUGUUUGAACUUUUUUCUUCUGUGACAUUUCAUAGCUGAGUAUUAUGUUUAUAUAGCAUAUAGCAUAGUAAGGUUCCAGUAUGCUGUUUCCUCGCAUAUCAUGUGUUUUCUCUUAGGGGAUACCCAGAAAUCUUUUCUAUUGCAUCUGACUGUGUAUUUAAAUACUUUGGAACUGUAGUUCCUGAGUUUAAACAUAGCAUGUCAUUUGGCAAGAGAAAUUUUGUUAGCUCUCUGGCCUCUUCCUCCUCUUCUUAAAGUUAUUUCUGAAAUGUGCUUCGUCUAUUAUAAGGUACCUUAAUACAAAGAGUUUAAUGCAAUCUAUUUUUAUAAACAAGUAGCUUACUAUAGUACAUUUCUAGUUUGAGUUUAACUGCCACGAGAAGAGAAGAGAUCCUCAGUUUUUAUUUAUACCCCCAAAUAGACGAUUAUAUUAGACGUACUUUUAUUUAUUUUUUUUAAUUUUUAAAUUACAGUUGACCUAGAAUAUUAUAUUAGUUUCAGAUGUACAACCCCCUAAUUAGACAUUUAUGUAACUUACGAAGUGAUCACUAAUAAAUCUAGUACCCAUCUGAACACGUAUAUACUUGUUACAAUGUUAUUGACUAUAUUCCCUAUGCUGUAAUUUACAUCCUGUGACUGUUCUGUAACUAACAAUUUGUACAUUUUAAAUUCCUUCACCUAUUU